CCUACUGUUACCACUACUAUAAUAAAUUCUACCACAAAAUCCACUUCACCUAAACCUACUAUUAUAAGAACCACUGCAAGCAAUUCUAUAGAACCUACCAGCACGAUGACCUCCAAUAACACUUCAGUUGCAACUUCAGUAUCACCAGUCACCAUUUCAACUGAAGCCACAGCCACAACAACAGCAGGAAUUUCCACAGAGGCUACAACCAAAACAGCUGCCACUACCACUUCCACUGAAUACACAGCCACAAUAACAGUAAGCAAUGCAACUGAACAGUCCACUACAACAACUGCAGGUACUUCCACUGAGGCAACAACAACAAAAGCCACCACUGUCACCUCUGCUGAACCCACAACCAAAACAAUGACCAGCACUGAAUGUAAACAGUCUGCCACCACAACUGUAGACACUUCCACUGAGACUACAACCACAACAGCCAACAAUACCACCUCUUCUGAACCCAUAACCAGAACAACAGCCAGCACUGCAACUGAACAGUCUGCCACUACAACUUCAGGCACUUCCACUGAGACAACAACCACAACAGCCACCACCACAACCGCUACUGAAUCCACAGCCACAACAACAGCCAACACUGCAACUGAACUGAGUGCUACCACAACUGUAGGCACUUCCACUCAGACUACAACCACAACAGCCACCACUACCACCUCUACUGAAUGCACAACCACCACAACAGCCAGCACUACAACUGAACAGUCUGCCACAGCAACUGAAGGUACUUCCAAUGGAAUUACAGACAAAACAGACACCACUGCCACGUCUACUGAACCCACUAGUACAACAAUCAGCACGGUAACUGAACAGUCUGCCACCACAACUGUAGGCACUUCCACUGAGACAACAGCCACAACAGCCACCACUACCACUUAUACUGAACCCACAAUGACAACCACAAUAAGCACUGCAGCUAAAGAGUCUGCCACCACAACUGUAGCCACUGCUACUGAGACCAAAAACACAGUAGUCAUCACUGCCACCUCUACUGAACCCACAACCACAACAGCAACCAGCACUACAACUGAACAGCCUGCCAUCACGACUGCUGGCACUUCCACUGAGACUACAACAAUAACAGCAACCAAUACCAUUUCUACUGAACCCACAACCACAACAACAGCAAGCACUGCAACUGAACAGUCUGCCACCACAACUGCAGACAUUGCUACUGAGACUAGAACCAUAACAGCCACCACUGCAACCUCUACUGAACCCACAACCGCAACAACAGCCAGCACUGCAACUGAACAGUCUUCCACCACAACUGCUGGCACUUCCAUUGAGACUACAACCACAGCCACCACCUCUACCACCUCUACUGAAGCCACAACCAGAACAACAGCCAGCACUGCAACUGAACAGUCUGCUACCACAACUGCAGACACUUCCAUUGAGACUACAACCACAACAGCCACCACUGCCACCUCUACUGAAACCACAAGCAGAACAACAGCCAGCACUGCAACUGAACAGUCUGCCACCACAACUGUAGGCACUUCCACUGAGACUACAACCCCAUCAUCCACCACUGCCACCUCUACUGAACCCACAACCACAACAAAACCAGCACUGCAACUGAAUAGUCUGCCAUCACAACUCACUGUAACUGAACAGUCUGCCACCACUGCUACAGCCACAGCCACUGAGACUAUAACCACAACAGCCACCACUGCCACCUCUACUGAACCCGCAGCCACAACAACAGCCAGCACUGUAACUGAACAGUCUGCCACCACAACUGCUGGCACUUCCACUGAGGCUACAACUACAACAGCAACCACAACCACCUCUACUGAAUCCACAACCACCACAACAGCCAGCACUGCAACUGAACAGUCUGCCACAACAACUGAAGGUACUUCCACUGGAGUUACAACCACAACAGACACCACUGCCACAACAACUGGAGAUACUCCCACUGCAGUUACAACCACAACAGAUACCACCCGCACUACAACCUCCAGCACUGCAACUGAACUGUGUCCCACCACAACUGCAGGCACUUCCACUGAGGCUGUAACCACUACAGUCACCACGACCACCUCUACUGAACUCAUAACCACAACAGCAGCCAGCAUUACAACCGCAACAGCAGCCAGCACUUCAACUGAACAUUCUGCCACCAGAACUGCAGGCACUUCCACUGACAUUUCUACCACAAUAGCCACCACUGCCACCUCUUCCAAGUCCAGUAGUAGAGCAACACCUGGCACUUCAACUGAACAGUCUGUCACAAAAACUGCUGACCCUUCCACUGAGACUACAAUGACCACAGUCACCACUACCACCUCUACUGAACUAAGCGCUACAACACAGCCAGCACUGCAACUGAAUAGUCUGCCAUAACAAUUGCAGGCACUUUCUCUGAGGCUACAACCACAACAGCCACCACUACCACCUUUACUGAACACACAACCACAACAACAGUCAGCAACUGCAACUGAACAGUCUGCCACAACAACUGUAGGCACUUCCACUGAAGCUACAACCACCACAGCCACCACUGCCAUCUCUACUGAACCUAAAACCACAACAACAGCCAGCACUGAAACUGAACACUCUGGCACAACAACUGCAGGCACUUCCACUGAUACUGCUACCAUAAUUACCACCACUGCCACCUCUACUGAUCCUGGCAGUUCAACAGCCAGCAUUGAAACUUAACGGUUUACCACAAGUGCAGCAGUUUCUGCUGAGUCUUCAACCACAUCAGCCACCACCACUUCUUCCUCAGAAGUCACCACUUCAAUCCAACCAACCACCUAAUUGCUAGCACUUUUACUGAUGCUACCACCAUGGUGAGCACUACUACCUCCUCUACUUGAUCAACAACACCAAUGGCAGCCAGCACCUCCAUUGAAACAACUGCCACAAUAACAUCAGGUCCUUCCACUGUGGCUACAACUACAACAGCCACCACUCUCCCUUCU